GCAUAAAAGCUGUUGGCCAGACGCCAUUAAAAGUAGACGAAGAAGAAAUGAAACCUCUUCCUUGGAGACGAGGGACGCUCCAGUGGUCGUUAUGCAUAAAGUUCUCUACACUGUUAAAAGUUUAUGUUUUAUAGGCGAUGUUAAAGUGUAGAAAGUUAUAAACGGACUCCAAAUGAAGCUAUGACGCGCUUUGUAUCGUUAGCUCAAGUUAGCUAACAUGGUUUUAGCUCGUAGCUAGCUAGCUACGAGCUAACACGGCUGUCUCCAGGGCAGAAACGCAACGGAACCGAACCGGGUUAGCUGCUGUUAAAAGAACCCGUGAAGAUUUAAUAUCUUAAUGGAAGAAACGCAAGCUAAUAGUUUUAAAAGAUGUGGAAACGAGGCGGUCGGAGCUCGGCUCUGGACCGAGCUCAGGCUCUGCUGUCGGCCAAGAGGAGCAGCAGAGGAGACCCGGAGCCAGAACCUGCAGCCCAAACACGGGGUGCUGUGGGUUUGUCUGUGAAUAGCAGGUCUGCUCCCCCAAAUUCACACACUGUGCUCUCGGAUCUGAGUGACCUGUCCUCGGUCAGCUCAGCUCCGGACCAUGAAGCUGCUGUGGGUCCUGGUGCUGCUGGGAAGGUCCAGGGUCCAGGUUCUACCACGGAUGUCAGACCUCAGAGCUCUCUGGGUGGAGGAGGGAGCAGGUUCUUGAAGAAGGCACCGCCACCACCCGCAGUAAACAGCACUCAGUCGCCCAUCAGCAAGAUCCGAAUGCAGCAGGUGCCUGAACCCAGAAAUGCUUCAUCUUCCCUGCGAGGCUCCCAGACGGCUGCUCUGAGUCGACUGGCUCAAAUUGAGAGCCGCAUCCGCAGCCGGCAGCAGGCCGGACAGGCAGCGAAACCUGCUGAGAACUUAACCUCAGACUUGGGAGUCUCACCUCCACCUUUAGCUGCUCAGUCUCUGGAGGCUCCUGUGCAACACUCAGCACAGUCCAGCAGCGAUCAGAGCCUGAGGGGGAAACGUUUCCUCAAGAGCAGAACAGCUGUAGCUCUGAGCAACAGUAACACUGCUGCUGCUGUUUCUGCUGCUACGUCUCCACAAGGCCCACAUGUCGGUGUCAGGUCCAGGUCCAGAGCUGCGGAUGCUGUGGUCCCACUGGCAUCAUUAAGAGUAGUGGGUGGUGUCAGUCUGGAAAGUGAUGAGGAGGACAUGAAGAAGCUGCUCGGAGACUCAAUGGAUUCAGAAGACAAAAGCCUCCUAACACCUGGGAACAAGAUUUUGAGCAAAAGCAGUCAGAGGCUCGACUCCACGCCUCCUCCUGCUGCCGUCCCUCGCUCGUCAUCCUCCCACCGAGCACCACCUCGCUCCCCGGCCUCUCCUGCUCACCGCAGAUCUCCUUUUCGCUUCACCGGUCAUCCUCAGGCCCACUUCAGCCCCUCUGCUCUCUCCCCGUCCCCCACUCCUCCCUGUGUCUCCCCUUCUCCUCCCGGAAGACUGAGCUCCGCUUACAGGGCGAGGAGUCCCCAGCGCUCCCUCUCCUCCAUGUCGGGCCGCAGUGAGGUGCUCUCUCUGGAGGAGCUCUUCCCUGUUGGGCCCGGCUCUGAAGACUCACACAGUGAGAUGAGUGCAGUUUCCUCCGAAGACUUCAAGUUGAAUGUGUUGACGCUGGACGACCUCGUCCCUGCUAACCUUGGAUUCACUGAUGAAGCACCAAGAACAAAGAGAGAUGCCAAACUCAGAACACCUGUUCAUGGAUCCCUGAACAGACAACAGCUGCCAAGACUGAAGGAGCAGAAGAAGGCAGCGGAGCAGCAGCAGCAGGAGGAGAUGGAGGAGGAGGAGGAGGAGAACGAGGAGGACAUGCUGGACUACCACAGUGACUUUGAGAGUGAGAGCAGGACAGAACCGGAUCACAGUGCCAGCCUGGUGUCAGAGCACCUGCAAGGACACGGGGAUGAAGAGGAAGUCGCUUCAGAGGUCAGAGAUGAAGCUUCAGAUUCAGACAUGUCUCGCCAUGAGAGGACAGAAGACGAUUACUCGAGUAACUUCUCAGACGCGAACCGCUCCUACACCUCACGGACCUCAGAUCACAGUAAAACAGUCAGCAGGAGCAGGGACUCCAGAUCCUCCAGAUCUUCCAGAUCGUCAGUAUCACGCAGCAGCCAGAGCUUUUCUCGCCAGACGAGGAGGCGAGCUUCAGCUAGAACGGUUUUAAAAGAGGCAGCAGUACAGACUCAGACUGAUCCACUGGCUUACGCAUGGCCCACCGGUGCAGCAGCUUUGGGUCCUGCAGUGGAUGUGAACUACCUUGCUCCCUCACCACUGUUCACACAUACUCUCAGUGCAGAAAAGGUGGAAGCUAUCAGCACCUUCAAUCCAACCGUAUUCGCACUCAAUGAAUUGCUGAAGCAGCAGCUGGCCAUGACGAGGCGGUUCAUCGACAGCACCCGACACCUUCACUCCAGCCUGGUGCGCAGCCUUGAACCACCGAACUACAGAUACACCACACUGGAGGACACCACGGAGUAUAUUCGCAAACACAGACCUCCCAAACUGACAAUGGAGGAAGCCUUAGAGGAGGCGCUGCAGGAGAUGAGAACCCACCAUCACAUCUGACCGCCGACCACGUGUUUGGAACAAGAGACAUUCACCGUGUUGUUCUUACUGAAAUAUGUUUUAUACAUAGAUGUUUUUCUACUGUGGGAAGAAGAACAGUUGAUGGUAAUACAUCGAUGAGCUGGACUGUGUGUUACAACAUCAUGACUGUCUGAUUAAACACAUUGGUUGAAUAAAUCCCAAAAGAAGUACA